GAAUGGAAGACCUUGGGCAUCUGGAAGUGAAUUGGAAGAGGUGCUUGAAGAAAUGGAUGAUAGGAGAAAACACUGGAAGGAGAAUAUGUUUACUCCUUUUUUUAGUGCUCAGGAUGUUCUAAAGGAGGCUUUACAGCCUGAAUCUUGUCCUGAACAAAUGACUUUAGAUAAGGCCACAAGAAAGAGAGGAAUGUAUAAUUUGUCUAGUAGAAAGUUUCAAGAAGGGAAUAAAUGUAAAAGGAAAGAAUUUAUUUCCCAACCAAAUGAAAAAGGACAAGAACCAAAUUUAAGAGAGAGUAAGAUGAACAUUUCUAAGAAUGAAGCAGACACAAACUCUGUCUCCUGUGAUUCAUCUAAUUUGGAUGUUGUAACUGAAGAAAGCUUUAAUAGCACAGAAGACCACUGCAUCUGGAACACAAAGGAAUUUCCAAUUCUGUGGCGACAAGACAAGAAGAAAUUUACUGAAGGAAAGUCUCCAAAUUUUAGCCUGAAUAUUUUGAAUGAAGAACUGGAAGAACUCAAUAUGAAAUGCAGAAAAAUAGAAGAGGAAUUUGAAAAUGCCGAAAAAGAACUUUUGAAUGCCAAAAAGGAAGUCUCCGCAAAACCCCUACAUUUUCAAGAAACAGAGAUGGAAACUUCGAAGAAAGAUUGGGAACUUCAAGCUUUAAGAAAUGAUCUAUCUGAAAAAGCAACAAAUGUCAAAAACUUAACUGAAGAGCUCCAGCAAGCCAAAGAAGUCAUCCACAAGUUGAGCUUAGAGAACAGAGAUUUAAAAGAAGUUGUGAGAAAGUUAAAGCAUCAAGAUGAGGUUGGAAAUGCACUCCUAAAAGAAGAAAUAAAAUUGUAUUAUGAGUUAGAAAUACAAAAGAUCAGUGGAGAGCUUGAUGUGAUCAAGAAUGAACUGAGAACUGAGAAGACACUGCAAGCAAGAAAUAACAGGGCCCUGGAGUUGCUUAGAAAACACUUUUCUUCUGUAACAUCAAGUACACUUGACAGCUUUACAAGGGAUUUUUUUUAA